AUGAAGAAGCUAUUAUUUUCAUGGGUGUUCCUACACGUCUCAAUAAACUUUAUCUCAAAUGCACCAAAAUCGUGGCCUUACAUGAAAAAUUAUGAUAUCUGGAGCAGCAGUAGCAGUGGAAAUAAUACAAUCGAUACUGUUAAUGGAAACUCUCAAAAUACCUUACAAUCGAAUAUUGAUUUUAAAUCAAACUUACAUUUAGGGAAGAGUAAAAGAAAAUCGAAAGUGAUAAACUUUUUCUCACCGUUCUCUGUUGAUGAUGAAUGUUUGUCAGACGAUGGAAGAAGAACUGGAGUGUGCAUGAACGUUUAUGAAUGUCGUUUACAAGGUGGAGUUUCACGUGGAGAUUGUGCUCUUGGCUUCGGGGCUUGCUGUAUCUUCGAGACCACAUGUGACGGAGAAAUUUCAAAUAAUGUUACAUACUUUACAUCACCAAAGUUUCCAGCACUAAUGCCAGGAGAUCGAGAUUAUUGUUCACUUAAAAUAAAGCCAAUGAGCGACGAAAUUAGUCAAAUCAGGCUUGAUUUCAUUCACUUUAGUUUGAGUCAACCAAAUCGAAGGACUGGCAUUUGCGAGAGUGACAUAUUUUCACUUGAGGGUGGCUCGAGUCCGUUUAGAUUGUGUGGAUACAAUAGCGGUCAGCAUAUAUUUUAUGACAUGAUUCCGAAGCAACAAGGAAGACAAUUUAUGGGUAUGGGACAAGUACCACCGGAAUUAAAAAUAAACAUCACACUUAACAGAAGAUCAAUAUCACCACGGAUGUGGGAAAUUCGUGUAACUCAAAUACCAUUCAGUUCUCGCUCCCCAACAGGUUGUUUACAGUAUUUUACAGGCACAGAAGGUAUAAUACAGACAUUCAAUUUCGCUGAGAAUGGAAGACAUUUAGCAAAUCAAAAUUAUCGGUCGUGUAUAAGACAGGAGAUGAGAAUGUGUAGCAUUCAGUAUGAGCCAUGUGAUGAUAAUUCAUUUGGAAUCGGUCCUCAAAUGGGGAUGAAUGGAAUGGGGCCGCUUUCAAAUCCAACUAAUAUGAAUGAUCCCGGCGUUCUUGGUGAUCAACCUGUUAAUCCUGCAAUGGAUGAAAUGGUUGUAGCUGACGAUAUGGUUGCUAUGGAUGAAGUUAUGGAUGGCGAGGGUGUAGCUGAAGGAGAAGAUGGCACAGCUGGUGAAGAUCCAGUAGCCAAUGACGAGACACCAGCUGAAGAUACUCCAGCAGAAGACACGCCAGCUGAAGAUACUCCUGCUGAGGAUGAACCUGCUCAAGAUGAUGAACCAGCUGCUGACGAAGAAGGGUCAGGAGGUGCAGAUGGUGGUGGAUUUCCAUCAUUCUUUCCAUCAUUCCAGUUCCCGUCAUUCUUCAGAUCCUUUACGGGACGAAAAUCAAGACAAAUCUAUUCAACAUGCUUGGAUCGAAUAACAAUGCCAUGUAUUAUGGAAGAUUUUAUCGCAGCCGGUAUGGGAAAUGUACCAUCAUGUGUACCUGUACAUUGUGGAAAUUCUCUUUGUUACAAUGGCGCAUCAUCAUGUCGAGUGGAAACAUCAGUAACGCCGUUUCAUGUGGGAAUUCAUUUCGGUGAUGGAAGGGGGAAUAAGGGAAGCCCAGAGGAUAAUAUCGGUGCAUGUUUAAGAUACAGACAACUACCAUGUACAUAGUAAGACUGUUGAGAGAUGAUUGCCGUCAAAAUGUGAUAAGAGAGGAACGUUUACUAAGCGACAACAAAACAAAAAAAAAAUGUCAAGCAAUACUCAAAAGCAUUUAAUUGAAAUUCAGUGUAUAUGUGUAGUUCUUAUUGCAAAUAAGUCCGGUAUGUUUAGUUAAAAUUAGUGAAAUCAACGAAUGGUUGUAAAAAAUAUACUUAAUGAUGCGGGUAAUAAUUAUUGCCUAUGAAAUUCUUGCUCAUUUCGCCCUGGGUGAUAUACUUAGG